AUGGACGGCGAGGACGACGUGUCCAACGAGACGAACGCGAUGGAUUCGCUCGAUGGGGUGGAUAUGGACGCGCUCGCGGCGCAGGUGCGGUCGUUGUAUUCCGAGGUGGAAAAGUUGGGGGAUUCAGGAGCGAGCGCGGAGGAGUUGGCGUGGUUGGAGAGCUCGCUCAUCGACGACGACGCGGCGAACGCGAGCGCGGAUAUUCCCGAGCGCGAAAAGCUCACGAUGACGACGAAGAAAGCGUCCUCGACGAAGAAGACGUCGGCGAGGACGAAGAAAUCUUCUAUGACGACGAUCAGACGCGUGUCACAGAGCGAAGAUGAGAGCGCGCUGGACGAGACGGAGAACGGCGUCGUCACCGAAGGGUUGGCGGCGCGAAGCGCGCGCGCGCGCGCCGUCGCGCGUGGCGUGCGAAGUCGUCCGAAAAAGGCCUCGGUUUCGGUGAUG